AGCGAUGGCGGGCGGGCGGCAGUUGGAAACAGUUAUUUUUAAACCCUUGACGGCCUGCAAGGCAGCAAAGCCAAGGAAUGACCAAAAAUGCACUAGUAACACAGAUUAUACUAUUCUCAAUAAUUUUCAUCUCAUUAAUAUUGCUUUGAUUUGAUAAUCCCACAAUCUCAUGUAAUAAUCUCCAGCCUCUUGCAUUUGUCUCUUCUCCACCUUGUUCUAUCUUGUAACAUUCUUGCAUCACUGUCCUUUCUCCAUUUGUGUCUUUUCCAUUGUUCUCUUUCUUUAAUAACACAUCAAGAAUCAGUCAAUGGCUUCCAUUUCUUCUUCCUGCAUCACAAUCAUUGUCCUCUUUUUCUCAAGAAGAUUUGAUGUCCCUUUGCUUCUUUUUUCUUGUCUUUCUUGGGGUUUCAAGAUUCUGCCCAAGUUUCCACCUUGAUCACUUCUUGCAAAAAUCUUGGAGGAAUAGGGCUGUCUCCUAAGCCGCUGUUAGGUUUAGGUGUGUGUUUGAGUAGUCUGAAUCUUGAUUAGGAAACAGCACAUCAGAUGUUCUGCUUGGUGUUUGAAGUUGCAUAUGUAUCUGAGUUUUUCAGUUUUUGAUUGCCUGUGAUUGGACUGUGUGUAUUUUAUGCUUUUCUUGGACAGAGAUUAGCGUUGUCGGAUAUGGAAGUACACGGUUCCUAGUAGUACAAUAUGUGUCGAUCUUGUGAGCAAGAAGUUAGGAAUACUGUUGCUUGUGGUGCUGUCAUAUAUUAGUGUAAAGGUUUCAGACCUUGGGAAUAGAGGAUUUUGAGGUUUAUUUGGCAGUCUUCGGAUUACUACACUUGUGGAAUUUUCUUGAAGUUCACUUAUCUAUUCGAACAUUGAUUCUGUAAUAGUGCAGUGUUUGCCUUGAACAACUUAAAUUGCAACAUGUUCUUGACUUAUGAAUUUCUUCAUGACAAAAAUUUCACAAUAAAAGUAGAUUGAGGACUCUGUGAGCAUAUAUAUAUAUAGAUGCCAAUAGGUCUGUGAACAGUUUAUCAGUCUUCAUGGGUGUUUUUAUAUGUUUGCUUACAUAUACUUCAGUGUGGCCAUGAUUUACUUCAUUCAUGCCAUUUCUUGAAACAGGCUGUGGUGACGUUUAUAGUUGAAUUAAAAUGGCAAUGUCGUUGGAGGACCUCCUGGCCGAGGAAGGUUUUAAGAGGCGGAAAGCGAAAAUAAAGCCCAGAACUUCAUUUGCUUCAGAAGGAAGAGGUGUGACUUCUUACAGGGGUAACCACGAAUCUGGUACUUUGCUAAAGAGGACAGAUAGGACAAGGUCUGAGAUUCCUCGGUAUGACUCAAAAGGAGAAUUUUCAAUAAGUAGCAGCUUUACGGGUGGGAAGCCGAGGGAUAAUCUUAUGCGUAGGGGGAAAAUAGACGUGGAGUAUGAGAAGAGAACGAGAACUAGUAUGUAUCAUGAAAGAAGAGGCCAUCGAGAUUCAUGGGAUGCUAAGAGAUUCAGCACAGGUCCAUCCAAAGAUUUACUAGGUUCUGAGAUAACUGAGGUGGUUGAGAGUGAUGAGAUAGUUGAAGUGGGAAGGAAUAGGCUGUAUAAAGAUAUAUACUCGAAGAGAGUUCUUGGUCAUGAGGAGGACGAGGAAAGUGAGAGACACGGGAGCAAUAUAGUGAUAGAUGACAAGGAAACUAGGAAGAACUCUUUGAAACAACCUUGUUCUUCUGAAAGCUUUAAGGGUAAUAAUCGGAGAAGCAUGAAACAACCUCAGAGCUCUGAUAACAGACCAACUGGGAUGCCUGUAAAUGACAAAAAUUUGGAUGACAGUAGGAGCAUAAGACAACCUAAGUUUGAACAGGCUAUAGCAACUCCUGCUCUCGAUGAAGUUGCUGUUAAAGCAAUUAUUUCUAUCUUGAAUGGAUACAUAAAACGUUUUGUCAAGGAUGAGGAGUUUAGGACAUCCCUUCAUCAUAACAGUUUUGCCUCUUUGAACUUUAUUGGAAUAGAUGACGGCCAGGAUACUGAAAGCAAAAUCAUACAAAAUCUGGAACAAGCUAUAGAAACAGUCGAAAGGGCUGCUGAGGAGACUGCAACAGCAAAAGAACUGAAAAGAGCUGCAAUGCAGCUUAGUGUUAUCACGGGAUUAAACUCCAAUGCAUUGAAAGAUGGAUUCACGUCUGGAAUUCCUAACUUUAAGUUGUCAGCUUGUGCUCAUUUCUAUCUCAGUGUGAUAUACAUGCUUCAGAAAAAAGAUGGGAUUGCAGCAAAACAUCUUCUUCAAGUGUUCUGUGAUUCACCCUUCCAGGCACGGACAACAUUGCUGCCUGAGUUAUGGGAAAAUGUAUUUCUUCCUCAUCUUUUACAUUUGAAGCUCUGGUACAAUAAAGAAUCUCAAUCUUUAGCAGAUUCGCCCGUAUUGAUGAAUCUAAGGCGUCUUGAGAAAGUCUAUAACGAAAGUCUUGACUCAGGAACUUACAGAUUUGCAAUGUACUAUAAAGACUGGAUAACUGAGGGAGGUGAAGCACCUUCAGUCCCUCUGAUCAAAAUCCCUUCAAUCUCUCUCCAACUGAUGCCAACAGAUGGCUUGCACGGCCAUACAAGUAGUCCUGCUAGUCACGUCUCACCUCAACCAAUGGUUAGUAAAAAGUUAUAUGAUGAAGUAUUCAGACAUUCACAUAAAUCAGGUGUUGAAUUACAAGCUUAUGAAGAAGAGAACUUUGAUGUAAGUGCUAAAAGCUCCAAUAGUCCAGCUCCAGAAGACAAACAAUUGAUAUUAUGCUCUCAUGACUCAGUCACAAGCACAAAUCGGAACUUUGAACCCGACGGUGAUUCUUCCAGUGAUAUUUUACCUCUGGAUGAGGAAGCCCCGAGAUUGCAUUCAUCAGCAGUGGCAAAUCUUCAUGUAAAUUAUCGAGCCUGUCGUGGAAAUUCCCCUGUAGAUGAAAAUAAGUUUCUACUUGAGUGGCCAGAAAAUCGAGUGAUUGAACUGAAACAAAUCGAGAAAUCAGUUCACAAUGCUGAACAGCAGGAGAACUUUGACGACUCAAGGGGAAAGCCUUCUCUAUUUAGCAUACCCAAAGAUUUUCUAUGCCCCCUGACUGGUCUUCUUUUUGAAGAUCCAGUGACUCUCGAGACUGGACAAACCUUCGAGCGUGAAGCUAUCAUAGACUGGUUUGGUAAAGGGUGGUUAACUUGUCCGGUAACCAGAAAAACAUUACAAUGCCGAGCUGUGCCACCUACCAAUCUCAUUUUGAAGCGCGUUAUUGAUAAAUGGAAAGCAGAUCAUUUUGAGAAUCUCUUGGCUUUACUCUCUCAAUUAGCAGCAGGUUUGAAUGAAAAUAUAGAAGUAGAUGAUAGUAUGACCAUAUGCAUGUUAGAGCAGCUUUUGAUUAUUUUCAGUAAAGACGAGAGAAUAAUGAAUGCAAGACGGAUUAUAUCUUUCGGAGGCCUGCAGUUUCUACUAAGAAGAUUUCACUGUGGAAGCACUGAGGAGAGGACGUUUAUUUUACCGUUGCUAUCCUGUUGCAUCGAAGCUGAUUCAGGCUGCAGGAAUGAUGUUGCUAGAAACAUAAACAGGUCGAUUCUUCUACAACUACUUCACGGUGAGCACUUAAAGUUGAGAACAGAUGCAAUGUUACUGCUGGCAGAGCUAAUUUGCUUGAACAGGAGGAACGAGGCGAAGCGCUUUCUGGAAGGCCUCCAUGAUGAAGGGAUAAUUAAUGCGAUGGAUGAUUUGCUCGUAUAUCUCCAGACCUGCACCUUGGAGCAGACACCUCUAGUCGCUGUUCUGCUUCUGCAUCUUGAUCUUCUGUCAGAAACACACUGUUCAAGCAACAUAUACAGACAGGAGGCUGUUGAUGCUCUUACAACCACUUUGGAGAGAAGCUUAUCCAAUGAAACAAUCCAGAAGAAGUGUUCCAGAGCCCUCCUAAUCCUUGGAGGCAUCUUCUCUUCAUCAGGAAAACUUAUGACAGAGGAUUGGAUCUUAAAACUAGCCGGAUUUCUCAAUGGCCCCGACUGGGAUAUUACUGACAAGGAAGCUAGUGACAUAACAGCUGAUGCAAUAGCGAGAUCGGUGGAUCUUCUGACUGAAGAUGGCGACGAAGACAAUGCCCGGGAGAUGUGGUUAAUGAGUUUGUCGCCUUCGCUUCUUGGGGACGGGAAGAAGUCAUUCUUGGAAACUGUUUCCAAGUGUUUGCGUCUAGGGAACUCAGAUUUGGUUAGGGUGUGUUUGACAACAGUGGCUUGGUUGAGCUCUUCACUUGCUUCAUUGCCUGAUACAGAGUUUCAGCUUUUGGCAUUUUCUGCUCUUUUUCCUCCACUCAAACAAUGCCUAGAACAUGGGAAGCUGGUUGAACAUAGGAUUCUUGCUUCACUGUCUCUGCUUAAUUUCAGUACAAUUCCAGAAUGUAGUAUACUGCUAAAGAAGAUUGCUGAGGAGAUUGGCUCUUGUCUAGAAAACCUGGCAGAGGUAACAUGGACAGCUAAAGAGUUGUCCACCGUUAUUUCCAGACAAUGGAGGUAGAAGCUAUAAAAGACAGGUUCAGACACCCAUGAGGUCUGGAUAUCUUGCAAGAAAUUCAUCAGUUUUGAAGAAUUAUACACGCCACAUAUUUUUCCUCAGACCAGACAACGUAAAAUAUGACUUCUGAGGAUGUAGUAUAAUUUUUCAAAAAACUUGGAGGAUUUUAUUGUAAGAUGUCCAAAUGUAAAGGGGAACCAGUGUAAUUAUUUCCUGAUUCUUGAAGCUGAUUAACAAAUCAGUUCAACAGUUAUGGUUUCUUGAUACUAUGUUUUCAAUUAGAACUCUGUAGUUACCAGGUAACAAUUUUGAGGAAGUUCAUGUUCACUUAUGUGGUCCAAAAGUCGAAAACUGGUAGUUGUCUCUUCUCAAUAUUUCUUGUCUGGGUAGAUUAGUCUCUUAGCACAUGGUUCCUCUUCCACAAGUCUAUUUCUUCUGUCUGUCACGGAGAUAUCGACAAUAGUACAAUGCCAAGUUUUUGCAUCAUUUUAGUUCA